AUGCUUCUCGCCUCCCCGCUGACCGCCGUUGCGGCGCUGGUGCUGCUGGUCGUGAUUCACCUGGUGCGAUGCCUGCGAUCACCGCUCGCCAGGCUGCCCGGACCGACAAUCUCCAAGUACACGUCGCUGUGGCUGAAGUGGAACGAGAUCAACGCGACCAGGACCGUAUACAUCCACGCACUGCACCGCAAGUACGGGCCUGUGGUGCGGGUGGCGCCGAACGAGGUCGCCUUUACGUCUUGGCCGGCCAUCAAGGAGAUUUACUGCUCUGGUGGCAGCGGCUACGACAAGACGGAAUUCUACGACAUGUUUAGGAUAUAUGGUCGACGCACCAUGUUUACCACGUUGAACAAGGCAGAUCAUGCGAAGCGAAAGCGUAUCCUCGCCGAUCGCUAUGCAAACACCAAUAUCCUCAGAAGUGCCUCUAUGCAUGGCAUUCAGGAAAGGUCUGCCAAGUUUGUGCGCCGUUGCGCCUCAGCCUCCGGGGCCGCCGAUGUUUUUAUGUCAUUGCAUGCCUAUGCUUGUGAUUGCGUUACCCAUCAUUUGUUUCAUCCUCGCGGCACCGAUUGUCUGGAGAACGAGAAUGACGAAAACAUGAUGCACCAGGUGGCCGCUGACGAUAGCCUGCAAAACCGUCUCAUUUCCCACUACGUUCCUAACUUGCAUCGCAUUUUCGGCGGUGUUCUGUACUUGUUUGCGAAGCCACGAGAAACACCGCUGGCCGACAACUAUGUAUUGGAAACCAGCCAAAGCCAUGAUCCCGCCACAUUUACUUUAAUGAGCCGCCUGGAGGAGAAGUCGGCCGAGCUGGAGCCUAUUGACAUGGCUGCCGAGUGUCUCGACCACAUGGCCGCCGGCAUCGACACCACAGGAGAUGGGUUGUGCUUCCUGCUGUGGGAGCUGUCGCAGGCGCGCUCGAGUAAAGUACAAGAGAAGCUUGCCGAAGAGCUGCUAGCGAACCCUCAGGCACCUCUGGACCAACUCCCUUACCUGGACGCUGUUGUAUGCGAGGGUCUCAGAUGCUUUCCUCCGAUCCCGAUGUCUCUCCCUCGCUACGUUCCGGGAGGGGGUCGUAUGGUGGACGGCUACUGGCUGCCUGAGAAGACCAUUGCGAGCUGCCAGGCGUUUUCUGUGCACCGGAUCAAUGAUGAUUUGUUCCCCGAGCCGGAUAGCUUCAAGCCGGAACGCUGGCUGCAGGAAGAGGGGGAUGCUGAUCGACGACGCUUGCUGUUUGCUUUUGCCAAUGGCGGUAGAGGUUGCAUCGGAAAGCACCUGGCACUUGCGGAAAUGAAGACUUUGCUUCGAGACGUCUACUCAAGAUUUACCACUUUGCCAGACGCCUCGAUGAAAGAGGAAGCGAUGGAAAUGUCUGACCAGCUCAUUUCGGCUAGACCUCUAGGACAAAAGUGUCUGCUGCAUUUCCAACCUCGAGCAGGUGGUGGCGAGGUUUGA